ACCCGAGUACGGUAAUUUACGGUGCAGUGGUGUGCUUGAGUACUGUACCGUAUGCUACACCACGGCAGCCCCCCUCUUGAAUGAGACAUGAACAAUAGUCUGCGAGGCUUUCCCUGGCCAGUGGGAGCUGCAGCAAGACACAUCCCCCGAUUACGCCUAAAGUGCUCACACCAAAACCCCGGCAGGGAAAGAAAUUCCAUCGUUACUGGAAAUGUGAGCAUGGAGGUUUGGUCGACUCGCAUAAUGGUUGGCUAGCAGUUGUGCAGGUAGAGAUUGGACAUGAAGCUGCCGUUCUGGUGCGCAGCCCCGCUCUUGGUGAACUUAAGGGAAACAUUCAGCUGAAUACCGCCGCAGCCCUCCGGUUGCUGUAUUCUACCACAUCUUUGAAUCCCCAGUCAAAAAGAAUAACUCUAAAGCGAGCGAAGCUUCAGUGACAGCCUACCUUAGGAUUUAAACGUCCGCUUGUCCUUAUCCAUCGUUUCUAAAAAAUAGCGAGCUGUAAUAGCUUCAUCUUUGCACUUCCGCCCUCAGGUCUGCGACGACUACGAUCAGGAAAAUGGCAGAACCCAUAUCCUUGGCCGCCAGUGUCAUGACCCUCAUUCAUCUCGGCGCGAAGGUUUACCAGCUUUGCGAUGACUACUGCGAGGCAGUCAAGGAGAGCGAGCAAGAUUUCAAGAAACUGGGGGGUGAUAUUAGGGGUAUCGACCAACAUCUGAAGGAAAUUCAAAGCCUUGCGGAACAAGGUGAUGAAAACAAUCCGCAAUACCCUGAGCUACUUGAAUGGACGAGAGGCAAAAGUUUGAAAGAUUAUACGGCAGCCCUGAAAGAGCUUGAGGCGAAAUUAAAUGUUCCGGGAUGGAGGAAAUCCGUGCGGAAGCUGGUUUGGCCUUUUCGCAAACCGAAAAUGGAACAUUACCUAGGCCUGGUUAAAGAGGAGAGAACAGAACUGCAGCUAUUGCUAACCACCGCCACAACGUAAGUUAUCCAUUGUUCAGUCCCCUAGGAAUCUAACUUCUCCACUUCCUUUUCGUUUUGGUAGCAAGACUAAUCAGUUGUUUAGGAAGACGGUAACUAAGGUAUUGCGAAAACUGGAUGGUACAUUGUCACAUUAUCCCUAACCCUGGCAAUUUUUCUCCUUACUAACACUAGAUAUUUCUGAACUCUAGAGAAGGAAUUCCGAGAAGUACAGCAGUGGCUCAAUGUCGUCGAUCCAGCCUCUAAUUAUUCGUCCGCUCUGGAUGUUCGUGAACCCGGUACUGGAGGAUGGCUACUCGGGGGACAGGAUUACAUGGAUUGGAAGAAAGACAGGGGGGGAGUUCUCUGGCUCCAUGGUAUACGUAUGUCUAGAGAUGGUUGAAAUAUUAUGCUUCGAAGAAUGUCUCUAACAUUUGUGUCUUCUAGCCGGAUGUGGUAAGAGUGUACUAAGGUGCGAACUCAAGAGGGUAUCCAGAGGUGCAAUAUGAUUUCUUUAUUGCUAACUCACUCUCUAGUGCUACUGCAAUUGAAGAUUUGGAACAUCUGUGCAACCAAAACGACGAUUACGCAUUAGCUUAUUUCUAUUUCACCUUCAGUGAUUCCGAGAAGCAGAAAUUGCACAAUAUGCUCCUAUCCCUUAUUGGCCAACUUCCAAAAAGGCUAUCGGAGCGGGGUUUGCCGGGUGGUGUCGUAGAUCUCCACAACAGAACCAAGGCGAUUGGAAAGUCGGCGGAUAUCAGAGAUCUGAAGGAUCUAUUGUCGCAUAUUAUAAAGGAUUUCAGGAAGACGUUUAUCGUUCUCGAUGCCCUGGAUGAAUUCCACAAGGACACACGAGAGAGUCUCCUAUCUUGGAUCGGUAAGCUUAUGGCUGAUCAUAAGGCUGGCUCGCUCUCGAUUCUCGUCACGAGCCGUCCCGAGGCCGAUAUAGUGCGAUCACUAGGACCACUAGCCGCUUUUUCAAUACCUCUACAAUCUAGAACUGUCGAUCAGGAUAUCCGGACGUAUGUGCAGAAAUCUCUAGGCAGCAAGGAUGGCUUUGGGAAGUUUACGAAAGAAAUAAAGAAUGAGAUAGAGGACACACUAGUUUCUCGUUCCCAAGGAAUGUAUGUUAUACUCGACCAUUCAGGUUUUGAUUUACGCUAAUACAAGGAUCCGAAUGUUAAGGUUCCGGUGGGUGGAUUGUCUUUUGCGAAUUCUGCAGGAAUGCAUGACACCAGGAGAUGUGAGAGUUGCCUUGAGAGAACUUCCGAAAGACUUAGAUUCUGUCUACUUGCGGAUCCUUGAAAGCAUCCACGAGAAGCAGCGGGAAUAUAUUCGGCGAGCGAUGCAUUGGCUCGCAUUUUCCGCAGUACCCUUGACGUUAGUCCAGCUUGCGGAGGCCGUCGUGAUCAAAUACGAUGUCGGCAAAUAUGGUGAGGAUCCUGAGACUGGGACUCUUUUUGAUGUGAAUUGUUUCAUGAGCAUUUGUCCAAGCCUUAUUUCCUUCGAGGAUGCUAGGGACGAGGAAUCAUCUCGCCCGGAAAACCGCCGAUUACGACUAGCACAUUUCUCGGUAAAGGAAUAUUUGAUCUCCGACCGGGCAGCUCAGGGCCCCAGUGCCUACUAUCAUAUUUCGGAGGAUAAAGCCUAUUUACUGAUGGGACAUUCUUGCCUUAGUCGAAUACUGCGACAUAGUACACAAGGGGCUAUACACUGGAAAAAAGUUGCGGAAACAUUAUUUCUCUACCAUAGUGCUCGCUAUUGGUUUGUGUAUACCAGAUUUAAUGAGGAUACGGUACCCACACCACUCUCCGAGGCGGCAGUGAAGGUUCUCGAGCUUGGCAAGGUCCGGUUAGAUGUAUAUAAUCCCGACCACUCUUACUACGGCUCUAGGAUUUACCCACUAGCAAUUUACUAUUCCUCCUUGUUAAA